CAUCACGAUAAAGAAGCAUGGAACCAAAUCCAAAAAUUGAUCAAGGCUUGAAGCCAAUUCUUACGCAUUCUAAUCCCCAUUAUCUGAAGAAUCUUAUUCCCUACGCUACUUUUAUUCUCCUCAAAUCUUUAUAGCAUUUAAAUUCCUCCAUAAGAAUUUAUUUUAUGCUUCUUGUUGGCUGAAGCUAUAAUCUACAAAAUAUUUCUAUUUUCUCCUAUUUUCUUAGAAAUUUGUUGAUAUUUGGAGCAGAGGAAUCAAAGAGAGAUGGGGGUAAUGGUAUCGAGGUUAGUGAGGAUGUUAUUUGCAAAGAAAGAAAUGAGAAUAUUAAUGGUGGGUCUUGAUGCUGCUGGUAAAACAACCAUUCUUUACAAGCUCAAGCUUGGUGAGGUUGUCACUACCAUCCCUACUAUUGGAUUUAAUGUAGAAACUGUGGAGUACAAAAAUGUGAGCUUCACUGUUUGGGAUGUUGGUGGCCAGGACAAGAUAAGGCCAUUGUGGAGGCAUUACUUCCAAAACACACAAGGUCUAAUAUUUGUGGUGGAUACUAAUGACAGAGACAGAAUCACUGAAGCCAGAGAUGAACUCCACAGGAUGCUAAGUGAGGAUGAGCUGAGUGAUGCAACACUUUUAGUAUUUGCCAACAAACAAGAUCUCCCAAAUGCUAUGCCUGUUGCUGAAGUUACUGAUAAACUUGGCCUACACUCCCUUCGACGCCGCCGCUGGUAUAUACAAGCUGCUUGUGCAACUUCUGGUGAAGGACUUUAUGAAGGUUUAGAUUGGCUUUCUAGCAAUAUAUUUAACAAGGUUUAGAUUGCAGUCAUAAAGUUUAUGAUCAGUUGAUGCCUGCCAGCGAGAGAAUUUGUUCAAACAUACUGCAUUAGUGCUGAUUUCUCAACUUUACUGCACUUAGAUUGUUCUAGAAAAGAGUUUCUCUCUGUCCCUUUAAAUUUACAUUUUGCACUAUAACACAAAAAAUUCUCACAUAUUUGAAUCUUAUAAUGCAAACUCAAAACUGUAUUAUGUCUUAUCUGUGUGUUCAUGACAAAUGAUGAUUGUAUGUAAUGUUUCU